GUUAAAAUGAAAAUGGAUUCGCAAAGUAUGAACUUCCUGUAACUUUCUGAGAACUUUGGAGCCAACUUUUACCAUUAUGGGGUCAGAAAUUGAGAACGAGUUUAUCAAUUAUGACAAAUACAAUGCCUGGGGUCCAGUUUAUCAGGAAUUAAAAAAUGAGGCAGCUAUGCAGGCAAUUGAAAACGAGUUCUCAACAGCAGAGGCCCGCAAUGCAGCCAACAGAAAUAAAAACAGAUACAGAGAUGUUAGUCCAUAUGACCAUGCCAGGGUUAGACUGUCAAACAAUGUGUACAUCAAUGCAAGUCUUGUGGAAGUUAAACAGGCUAACAGAAAGUAUAUUUUAACACAGGGCCCUCUAGAAGUGACAGUUUCACAUUUCUGGCAAAUGGUUUGGGAACAGGAAAGUAAAGCCAUUGUCAUGCUCAACAAACUGAUAGAGAAUGGAGCGAGAAAGUGUUAUAAAUACUACCCCACCAGUGAAGAAGACGAUGAAGAUGAGAUGGAGUUUGAAGAUGUGUCACUUAAUGUUUCUGUUGUCAGGGAAACACAGCUGGACUAUUAUAUAGAAAGAAUCUUACUUUUAAAGCAUAUAGAGAGUGGAGAAUCUCGAGAGGUCAUUCAUUACAAUUACACACACUGGCCAGAUUUUGGAGUCCCCCAAUCACCUUUAGUGUUCCUGAAUUUUCUGAUGACUGUCCGACAGUCCGGAGCCCUGGAGGCAAAUGUUGGCCCAGCCAUCAUCCACUGCAGUGCAGGCAUUGGGAGAUCAGGGACAUUUUGUCUCGUAGAUUCUGCUCUUGUUAUUAUUGAAAAGACUCAAGAUAUGAACUCAAUCGAUGUGAGAAAUUUACUACUGGAAAUGAGAACAUAUCGCAUGGGACUGAUUCAAACAGCUGACCAACUGCGCUUUUCCUAUCUUGCCAUUAUCGAUGGAGGACGCAGAAUAUUGUCCAACGGAAAUUCAACGCUGGAUAUUUUAUCAGAUUAUCUUGAUCAAAGCAGCAAAAAAGAAGACAGCCCUCCCCCACCCCCACAAAGGACCACAAGUUUGCCAGUGGAUAGACAUCCCCCACCCCUUCCCCCUCGAAGUCCGGAUCUGAGGAAAACGGAGGAGAAAGAAGAAGAAGAGGAAGAGGACUAUGAAAAUCAACGAAUUUCACCCAAAGACACCGAGGAGUUAAUUCCCGAGAAAAAGGAAGAGGAAAACAGUACUUUCCGAAGGAGAAUUCAGAGAGAGGAACGCAGGCAGAAGACGCAAAAUCAAAUAGACAGAAUGAGAGAAAAACAAAGAAAAAGUGAAUUGUGGAGAAACAGACGAUCCUAUUUAGCUCCAGUGGCUAUAGGAAUAACAUUAUUAAUCGGCGGAUUCUUUCUCUAUAAAUAUUAUUUCUGAACUUAUGAUUUAUGCAAAUAACAAGUUGAUGACAUCAAGUUUGUUUAUUUAGAUCUUUUUUUCUGAAGUUUUUUUUUUUUUUUUUUUACA